AUGAAUAAAUUCGCCCUCGAUACCCCUCGCCCAAAUGUUGCUAAGCCACCCCUCGGCGAAUCCGCUACUGCUGGCAAUCGAGGCCGCAAGCGAGCCCAACAGCUACCUACUACUGCUCAUAAACGCGUUGGAAGGCCCUCAAAAAGAGCCCGAACGGAUACGUCCUGUGGUCCUCCCCUACAUACUCCUCCCAAGCCAGCGGUAGAGGAGGAUCUACAACAGGCGAAUGCGGAGAACACUGCGGAGAACAUUGCGGAGACAGUCAUCAGCAGCAGUGACACAACAGGCCUACUCUCCACGGUCUCACACCAAUCCACUCAGCCAGUGCAAGAGAAGUCAAUACAGCAGGCGAAUGCGGAGAACACUACGGAGAAACCAAGCGACAACAGGGCCCCCAGCACCAAGAACACGGCUCAGCUCUCCAAGAUCCCACAGGAGGAACUACAACAGGCAAAUGCGGAGAACACUGCGGAGAACACUACGGAGAACACUGCGGAGAAACCAAGCGGCAACAAGGCCACCAUCGUCAGGAACACGGCUCAGCUCUCCAAGAUCCCACGUCAUAUGCUCUCCACGGUUCCACAUCAAAUCAUCACUCAGCAAGCGGAGAACACCACUGCAACUUGGCCUGUCAUCCCCACUACAUUGAGGAGUAAGAGGAGGAACUACAACAGGCAAAUGCGGAGAACACUGCGGAGAAACCAAGCGGCAACAAGGCCACCAUCGUCAAGAACACGGCUCAGCUCUCCAAGAUCCCACGUCAUAUGCUCUCCACGGUUCCACAUCAAAUCAUCACUCAGCAAGCGGAGAACACCACUGCAACUUGGCCGUUCCACAUCAAAUCAUCACUCAGCAAGCGGAGAACACCACUGCAACUUGGCCUGUCAUCCCCACUACAUUGAGGAGCAAGAGGAGGAACUACAACAGGCAAAUGCGGAGAACACUGCGGAGAAACCAAGCGGCAACAAGGCCACCAUCGUCAAGAACACGGCUCAGCUCUCCAAGAUCCCACGUCAUAUGCUCUCCACGGUUCCACAUCAAAUCAUCACUCAGCAAGCGGAGAACACCACUGCAACUUGGCCUGUCAUCCCCACUGCAUUGAUAUGGUACAUCACUGCAAUGACGUCACAAGAGGAGGAUCUACUGCGACGAUCACAGUCAAUUAGGCCUCUGCAGGAGGAAUAUCGGACGAUGCAUAUUUGGACGAAUUGA